UCUGUCUUCCACUCAAUCAAACUCCAAACAUACGCCUCACAAUUUCCUUUAAAAAAGAUUCUCCCUCCGAUCCACUCCAAAGAAAGGCAUCCAAAGCCCUUGAAUUCAGUAGUAGCUACUACUGAUCUGUCUAGCUAGUUAGAGCUCCUGCAAUGGCUGCUUCCAAAAAGCUCUCCGCAACCAUUCUGGUCAUCUCUCUCCUUUUCCAGUACGCCACAUUCUCUAGCGCUUGUGGCACAUGCAGGCCAAAGCCAACUCCUCCAGCAAAAUGCCCCAACGACACGUUGAAGCUUGGAGUUUGCGUCGACCUUCUCGGACUUGUUAACCUUCAGAUUGGAUCCCCUAUUUCGAGCAAGUGUUGCGCGUUGCUUGCGGGAUUGGCCGAUCUAGAAGCUGCUCUGUGUCUUUGCACUGCCAUCAAGGCCAAUGUGCUUGGAAUUAACUUGAACGUGCCCCUAACGCUUAGUUUGCUUGUUAGUGCUUGCCAAAAGUCAGUUCCUCCUGGCUUCGUAUGUGAAUAGGGAAUGCAUGCAUGCAUGCAUUAACGAGGGCAAAGCUAGCUAGCUCUAUAUAUGGCAAGUUAGCUUAAUUUUAAGGUACUGUUUCUAGUUGUUUUGCUGAUCAUCAUAUAUAUAUAUAUAUAUAUAAUAUGCAUGCAUGGCUGGGGUUUGUGGCUUGACAGAGUACGUAGUACUGCUUUGGUUUGUUAAUUUUCGCUCUUAAUUUCCAUUUGUUUCAUGUGGGACUGAUGUGAUUUGUUCAAAUAACCAGGCAGGCCAGCAAGCUUGCUUUGCCUGAAUUAUGAUCAGUGUUUAUCAGAAAUUCGUAUCUUUUUUUCAUGAUA